AUGAGUAUACAUUUCCAAAGAGGUGGAUGCAUCUACAAGAUGAAGUUCGGAUCCAUAUGCACCGCAAAGCUAGGCAUCAAAACCUCCGAAUGGUUCCUGCAGCAUUGGGCUUUGCGAAUCCCAUGCUUGCUCAGAUUCCCAUGGCUGAGUGCCAAGCUAUUUCCACUUCUAUCCGAUUGCGUGGGCCUCUUGCUUGAUUCGUAUCGUGGUUCUUUGAUGCUUGCGACUUGGCUGAAACGAUGCGCGACUUUCUCAUUCGAACGCCUGAUGGCUGAUGACGUAGGACGAGCAGGAGAGGCCAUGAACAGCAUCACAACACAGCAACAACCCACGCAAACGGCCUCAAUCAAGCUUGAAAACCCUCAAGAGCGAGGUCCUUCCAUUGUACCUUCGAAUCCAGCGGUUUCUCGGGCUUGGACACCUCGCAAGGGGCCGGCUUGGGGCGUCUAA